UAGUGCAAAAGGAACUGGGCUAGUGUUGGAGUUUGUUAGUAAAAUUUGAAGUUUACUGUGAAGUAUUAGUGAGUCUCUCAGUAUUUAUGCAUCAAGCAGGUAAUGGAGGUCUUUCGGGCCUGUGCCGAAUCACUGACCAUCUUUAUUUAAGCAAUAAAAGAGCGGCUAAUGACUCCUCGCUGCUGAAAGGAAACGGGAUAACCUGCGUCAUUAAUGUUACUGAGCACAAAGGCAGCGCUCCUCCAGGGACGGAGUACGUCCACCUCCCGGUGUCAGACACUCCUCUGGCUCCUCUCAGAGAACACUUCGGUGAGGUGGCAGAUCAAAUACGGAGUACAGCCGAGGGCGGUGGCCGUGUGUUGGUGCACUGUAACGCGGGCGUGAGCCGCUCCGCCGCCCUGUGUAUGGCGUACCUGAUGAAGCACCGCGGCGUGACGCUGCUGGAGGCCCACGGGUGGGUGAGGGGCUGCCGGCCCCUGGUGAGGCCGAAUCCCGGCUUCUGGAGGCAACUCGUUCAGUACGAGGCGGAGCUGCGGGGGUGCAACACCGUCCGGAUGGUGUCGUCUUCCAUUGGAGAGAUACCUGACGUUUAUACAGAGGAGGCCAGGAACAUGGUGCUUCUGUGAAGACGCGUUCAAGUUCCGUGGAACAAACUGCGGCUGACAAAUUCAACAUGA